UAGUUUUAUGAUACAAAUCUUGUUUGCAUUUUGUAAUGAUUUGGGAAAGUAAAUUCUGAGUUAAAAAUAAAAUAGCAAAUCGAAACACGGUUCUUUUUAGAAUCAUUGUUUAUAAAAGAAAAUAAGAUUGUUAUUCUGGUUUUCAUAACCUUGUAACAAUAUAAAUAUAUAGAGAAUUGUGGUCAGCCUUGUUAUGUAGCAAACAAACAAAUAAAGAACCUAUAAAUGUAAGAAGCAAAGUUAAAAUCAUGAAGAAGGUCGUAUUGUUUAAAAGCACAUCUGAAGAUUAUCAAAAUGCGUUCAGUAACAGUAUUUACGAGCCCAUAUUUGUGGAGCCCCUUCAAUUUGUCUUUAUAAACUUACAAGGACUUUCUGAGAAGUUGACAAAGAAUAAUUACGAUGGCAUUAUACUAUCGAGUCCGCGGGCUAUCGAGGCUGUCUCGAAGUGCUGGUCUCCCUCGAAAUACGUAGCCUGGAAUUCAAAACGCGUGUACACGGUGGGUGAAGUUAGCUGUCAGAAAAUAAAACAUAUGCUUGGAUUGGAUGCAUUGGGUGGCACUACUGGUAAUGCAGAAAAUUUGGCAAACCUGAUUGCUUCUGAAAACCCCGAGUCUGCUAGGUUUUUAUUCCCAUGUGGAAACUUAAGAUCUGAAAUAUUACCAAAUGUAUUAGGAGCAGCAAAGAUGACAGUUGAACCAUUGACAGUGUAUGAAACAAAAGAAAAUGAACAUCUAAGAGAAAGAUUAAUAGACCUAAAUGAAAAUGUAAAUCCUUGCUGUAUGGUGUUUUUUAGUCCCUCAGGUUGUGAGUACAUUUACAGGCAGUUACAGACAUUUAGCAAUAACCUCUCUUUAUUGCCGCACUUUGCAAUCGGAAACUCUACAGCUCAUAAGAUUGAGAACUUGGGUGUUGAGAUAGCAGGGGUGGCAGCUAAGCCCAAACCAGAGUGUGUUAUUGAAUCUGUUGUUGAAUAUUUCAGAACAUUUGAAGCCUGUGGUUAGUUUUAUUUUACAUGUUAAUUAAGGUGUUGGUUUUGUACAUAACUUUAUUAUUGUUUAUAAAUAAUUUAAUUAAAAUGUUAUUAAUUUAAGAAAAAAACAUGUUUAAGUGAACUAUUUUGAUUCUUACGUAAAGACUUUGCUUUCUAAUUAUAUAAAUAUUAUGUAAUUUGCAUAUUUAUAUAGUGAAUCAGAGCAUUUCAAAUUCAAAUAUUCUUACAAGAGUGAUGAGAACAAACCAAGCUACAUGUAAGACAACAAAACAAAUUUUUGUUGUGAUGUACUAGUAAAAAGUGUGAAAGAUU